AUGAAAGCACAAUGUGCUCUUCAGAGAUUCCAAGCCAAGCUACAACUUUCUUCUGAAGUCCCACACCAUAUAUUAAAACACAGAAAUAGAUGAGAUUUUCUUUUUCUCGCAGAACUUGGCUGGAUCUCAGAAGUGCAUGUGAAUCGACCUGCAGUUGUGAGGCAUGCAGAACAAAUUAAAAGAAGGAGAACUGUGAAAGGUAAUUGGCAAGCUGCUUGGCUGCUGAAAGCUGUCACCUGCAUAGACCUUACCACUCUUUCAGGUGAUGAUACUCCUUCAAAUGUUCAUAGACUGUGUUUUAAAGCAAAGCAUCCCAUCAGAGAGGAUCUGCUGAAAGCCUUGGACAUGCAUGAUAAAGGUAUUACUGUUGGAGCGGUUUGUGUAUAUCCUGCAAGAGUCAUCGAUGCUGUUAAUGCCAUAAAGGCUGCUGGUUGUAACAUACCAGUAGCUUCAG